GGGAACUGUUUUUCCAACUUGUUGAGUUGGAUCAAAACAAAGCAGUGAGAUUUUUUUACAUCGUGACUGUUGAUGAAAUUUGAGGUGUGAUUUCGAGGAGCGUGUUCUGGUUAAAAGGAUUAGGUUUUGCCUGAAACUCAGUUUAGUUUUUAGAUUUAAUUGUGAAGUCUAAAGUCUAGUUUCGGAAAAUCUGAUGUGCUCCAGCACCUAUUUGUGGGCCUGCUAUAAAUAGGGCCCUGCUGGCAACACAUGCAUGUCUAUGAUAGGCGGUUACAAAGAUUUUCUUCACACACUCUGGCUCCAAAACAACACCGACAACAUCUUCAUGGAGCUUUUACAUGGAUACCACCAUUAACUUUGAGCCUUGAUCUUCGACAAGCAGUGGCUGCGAACACAGAGCAGUCUUGUACUGUGGGUGAUAUCUUGGAUUUAAUACGUUGGUGAAUUGCCUCCGUGGACAAUGACUUCCAGAAGGCCAAUGACUCGCUCUUUUUCUGGCAAUGGGAGGACAAGCAGCUUCAGUGAGGAGGACAGCGGCUCUUCCAAUGGCCGUUCGGAAAGCCGCAGUACUUACCUCUCCAACGUUAGGCCUGAAAACAGCUAUUCAAGGUAUUCUCACUACAGACCAACGAGGAGCACAUUGUGCAGCGUCAUGGCUCAGCUGACUGAAGACAUACAGCCGUCUUUUGACACCACCUUGAAAUCGAAGGCAGUGUCAGAAAACUGUAAUGUGAAAUUCACAUGUGUGGUAUCAGGUCUCCCACCUCCAGAACUCAAAUGGUAUAAAGAUGAUAUGGAAAUGGACCGGUACUGUGGGCUCCCAAAAUAUGAAAUUCGCAAAAAUGGAAAAACCCACACUCUUCAUAUUUACAACUGCACGCUGGACGACGCCGCCAUCUAUCAGGUCUCAGCCAGCAAUAGUAAAGGCAUUGUCUCCUGCUCUGGAGUUUUAGAGGUCGGCACCAUGAGUGAGUUCCAGAUCCACCAGCGGUUCUUUGCUAAGCUGAAGCAAAAAGCAGAAAAGAAGAAAAAAGACCUGGAGGAGCCUACCAAAAAGGAGGAUAAAGAAAACAUUCAGAAAGAGAAACCGCAGAGUAGCCCAGAGCCCCCUCCAAGAAAGCGAUCUGUCCCUCCACCAAAGGAGAAGGCAGCGGUCAAAGACUCUCUGGCUGUGGAGCAACUGGGAGCUGCUGCAGAACCUAAUGGAAUUAGCCCAGAAGUCAAGGAAAGUCUGAAGGAUGAAACAUCUCCAUCAGAGGAAAUGUUGGCUAAAAAGAGAAUAAAGAUGUCAAAUGGUGUAGAUGUCGGGGUUAACAGCAGCAGUAGCAGCAGAAGCCAUGUCAUGGGGAACGGAGGGGAAAACUGUUAUGAUGGAGGAAUCAGUUUGGCACAGUUUUUAGCAGAGACACUCCAGUCCCAGACUGCUGAGGAGAAACAGAACACAUCUCGAGUGGAUAAUCCUAAAGAGAUGGAUACAGCAGUUGUGUCAAGUGUUAAUAAAGAGAAAGAGAGGGAUCAAGAAAAGAUGCUUAAAAAGACAGAGGAGCAGGAAAAGGCAUUACAGGAGGAGUUCGAGAAAGAGAAAAGAAGAGAAGAGGAAUUGGUUGUAGAAAGAGAGAAAGAAAGAGAAAGGCAGCUGGAGGUGUUGCAUACAGCGGCCCAUGGCAAACAUGGUCCAGAAGUCAAACAUCACAGCAAGGGUCAUAAGGAUCACGACCACCACAACAUCCAGACUUCCAUAUCCUCAAUGCUCCACACAGUCAAAGACUUCUUCUUUGGUAAGACUAAGAAAGGCUCUCAUGAUCACUUUGAGAGUGAAGAAAGAGAGUUUGACUACUCACACGACUCAGCGCAGCCUCUUCAACCAGAAAUGCCGCCAUCAUUUCGGCUGCAAGCGGAACACGAUCCAGAGGUGUGCAAUUCUCUCACAGAGGAAGUUGUGUCGAUGGAAAUAGAUAAACCCAAGGAGCCUUCAGAAACUGUGGAUGUAGGACAACAGUCAGUGUCGGUCGAACCACAUAAAUUUAAGUAUGAAGACAGUGUUGUACACACAAACCUGCCACCAGCUCAUAAAUUGCCACCUGAGAGUGUAAAGGAGUCCACAGAGCAGAGUGUGACAGAGGCUGAUGAUGCUGCGGAGGCCAUGGAGGUGACUGUGGCACCAGAGGGCAGCGAUGCCAGGCAAGAAAUGUCAUUGACUGGGCUUCAAGUUCUCACUGAGGCUGAAAAGAAAGACGCAGAGGUUGUCUCAGUUAUCAAAGAGGUUCCUGUGCACCAGCAAGAGCCAGAAUGCCUGGUAGCUUCAGCACAGCCUAAUCAGCAGGGUGCAAGAGCUGAGUCUUCACCAAGGGAAGAUAAAUUUGUCCUGCCACAGACCCAAGCCCCAUCUGACGAAGAAUCCCUCCCCACAUCCACCCUUGCUAGUUCAGAAGAUGGCUGGACUCCCCCUCACAGUGUUGUCUCAACGACACUUAACCACAAGCUUGGAGAGGCCCCCAUUGAAACUUUGCAGGAAGAGGAGUUGAGUGUUGAUAAUGUGGGCAGGGAAGGUGAACCAAAAGCAGAGGAGGCCCCUUCUUCUAACAAGUUGUGUGAGGAAGAGAAAGCUGAAGUGAAAUCAAAUAGCCAUCCAUUCUCAGAUAUAAACAGAUCUGAGAUUACUGAAAUAACAAGGUGUUCGAUGGAAGAUAGAAUAGAGCCAUGUGAGUCUAAAGCAACAGAUCAGGUGCUUUCACCCCUUUCUGCUGUGGCGGCAUGCAGUGCAGCGAGAGAUCAUGUAAAUGAAGAGACCAAAUGUACUUCACUGAUUCAGGAAAUGAAUGUAGGAUUUCCGCCCACUGCAGACCCGGAGGGUUUAGAGAAGGGUGACCUAAAAAUGCAGCAUGAAUGCACACCUUCUGACAGAGGGGAAAUCACAGGCAGUGUCAAUGCAAUGCAAAGUUCAAACUCAGGUUUUACUAGUAGCGAGGAGAGGUGUGAAUUGAACAAAAUACUGAGUUCCGCACUAGAGAAAGAUUUAGAAAGUAAUUUGUGUAACAGUCUAAAAACACAAGAGCAAGCAGUUCUGGAGGGUGAGAGCAACGAAGGGAGGAAUGAGAGUUUACUGCCUGAAGUCGCGACAGAAAGUAGAACUCUAAAAAAGGAAGAAAAGUUGGAUGAAUCAGAGAUCGUUUCAGUGAAACAAAGCAAAGGAAGAAAUACUGCUAUUUUGGAGGAACACAGUAAUAAUGCACUUCAAGACAGCAGUGAGAAACAGCAUGACUGGCCCUUAAAGAAUAUCCCCCCAAUCCAAAUAUCUACUUUUGAAGACAUCACAGAUAUUAAACCACCUGAGCCAGAUAUGAGGCCAAAUGAACCUUUCAUAAUCCCAAAAAUUGAAAUAGUGGAGCCUGAGUUAAAAGAGUGCACUCUGCCACUAACUAUUUUGGCACUAAACAAGCCAGAGACAAGUAAUUUGCAAGACCAUGAUGUAACUCAUGAGUCAAAGAUAAUAAUCCAAGACCAGAGUCUGGCUGAUUCUCCAGGCCUGCUUCCCACGCAGGAAGGUAUGCAGAAUAAUUACCACCUCUCACCUACGGAGAAAGUCAAGGAAGUUGCUCAAUGCGAUGACGAGAGGGACACGCUUGAACAGCAGCAGCCACAUGAGAAAAGCAGCGAACAGCUCCCUCAGAUGGACUAUGCAUCGAUUCCUGUCAUAAAUGUUUCAUGUACCGAUGAAAAGGAGGCUGAUGCUUUUGAAAACAGUCAUGAUUCACAUGCACAGCCAGCUUUUGAAAUUCCAAAGGUGCCUUCGUUUGUGGUGCCACCAAUCUCUGUCACUUGUCAUGAAAGUGAUCCUGAACCCAGACUGCCCACUCAGAGCGAGUCAACAGAAACAGAAACUUCAGUUUGCACACAACAGGGAACAAAGCAUGAUGUUGGCAAUAAUAUGACCACGAAGCCUGAGAAAAGUCAGAGCAGAAGACAGGAUCUGGAGGAAAUGUCAGAAAAGAGUAUUAAAGAGAAUACUCCCACUAUGUUAUAUGAAGCUCUAAUACCAAAAGUCGGUGACAGUGUGCCAUCAUUCAAUAAAACAACAGAGGAUGAAAACUUGAAGCCAAAAUCCCUAAAGAUGGAGAAUUCUAUGUCUGUUGAAGAUCUCCAAAAAAAUAGAUUUUCUGUCGAGAGGCUCAGCUCCAAACCCCCGGCAUAUCCAUCACUGAGUCCAGCCAGUCUCCGCAAAUUUAUGUCCAAAGCUGCUCCGGACUCAGACAAUGAGGCUGGCACAACCGGCCGCGUAAGCGCUGUGGGUGACAAGACGGAGGAAGACCUCAGUGGAGGCUCGACGCCAACAUCAUCCCUCUCCUGUGAAAGCAGUCCCAGGCUGAAACGCAGAGACAGUCUGACGCUGAUACGGUCCGCCACUCCCGAGGAGCUGGCCUCUGGAGCCCGACGCAAAAUCUUCUUCCCAAAAAAUAAAGAUGAUGUAGAGAUAGCGGUGUUUGGUGCACUAGAUACUCAAGGCAAGAAGGAGAACCCCUACAUGUCACCCAGCCAGGCUCGCAGAGCAGCAUUACUGCAGGCCUCCACAGGUCAGAGCACCCCACCGAUGGAGAGACGCUCCCCGCUGCUCAGUCGCAGAAAGGCCACUUUGGAGGUGCCAAAGGUCGUGGAGCAGACUGCGACAGAAGAGCCAGCUGGCAACAAGCGAGAGGAGAAACCAGCUGAAAAGAAGAUAGACCCACUGAAAGCGCCGCAGGUUAUCCGUAAGAUCAGGGGAGAGCCAUUCCCAGAUGCCUCAGGACACCUGAAGCUGUGGUGCCAGUUUUUCAACGUACUCAGUGACUCCACCAUUAAGUGGUACAAAGAUGAAGAGGAAAUACUAGAGAUGAAGAGAAGUGGAGGAGAUGAAAGCCAAGUAGCACUGGCUAUUGUUUUGGCAUCCAGCCAAGACUGUGGUGUUUAUGGAUGUACGAUCAAAAAUGAUUACGGGACUGACACUACUGACUACCUGCUCAGCAUUGACAUUCUGUCUGAAAUACUACUAAAAGAUGAUUUGGAAGUUGGAGAGGAGAUAGAGAUGACCCCAAUGCUGUUCACCAGAGGCCUGGCCGACUGCGGCACCUGGGGUGACAAGUACUUUGGCCGAAUCAUGACCGAGACGGUGCACAUGGGAGAGGGCUGCGCUCACAAAGCCAGCAGGGUGAAGGUCAUUUACGGCCUCGACCCGAUCUUCGAGUCCGGAAGUGCUUGCAUCAUCAAAGUUCAAAACCCCAUCGCCUAUGGGACCAAACAGGAGAGCAACCUUGCAGAGAGAAACCUAGAAAUUACUAAGCAAGAAUGCAAAGUCCAAAACAUGAUUCGAGAAUACUGUAAAAUCUUUGCGGCUGAGGCGAGAGUUAUUGAGAACUUUGGCUGUUCGCUAGAGGUGAUCCCUCGGUAUCUGAUGUACCGGCCUGCAAACUCUGUGCCGUAUGCCUCAGUGGAGGCUGAUCUCACAGGUGUCUUCCUUAAGUAUUGUGAGAUGGAUCCUAAAGGCAAGUUGAUUUCACAAAACGUUUCUGAGCUAGAGCAGAAAUGCAGCGCCUUCCAGCACUGGAUCCAUCAGUGGACGCAUGGAAAUUUGCUGGUCACUCAGCUUGAGGGUGUGGAAUCAAAGAUUACAAAUGUUCAAGUUGUGACCAAGUCAAAAGGAUACCAAGGAUUAACUGAGCAAGCCUCUCCCGAAGUAUUCGAACAGUUCCUCGGACAGCAUCAGUGCAACUACUACUGUGGACUUCUUGGCCUGCGCCCGCUCAAGACUGUGGAUAGUCUGCAGCAGCCCACCAAGAUCAAGGGCUCCAGAAGCCCCCUGCUCAACCGCAAGCUGACGUCUGGCAGCCCGCAGCUUCAGCGAAAAGGACACAGCCCUCAGAUGCCUAGAAAGGCAAAUUCUAGCCCAAAGGUGACUAGGAAAGUUCAGGAGACAGAGGACAGUAAAUCCGAUGUCAAACCCAAGCCUGCAGAAACUCUCGAUGUUCUUGAAAUGAGGUAGGAAAAAAAGGCCUACCUUUUAUUGCUUUUAAUGGUUUAGGAUUACCUGUUUCUUCAAAGGCAGCAAGAGUACAGCCAUGAGGAAAAGAGCUGCUUGUUGACAGAUUCGUAAGAGAAAGACUACUGUGAAUUUCUGUCGCCUGCUAUGAGACAUCCGACCUCCAGGCAGACAGUUAACUUCUUACAACAGUACAGUUAAAAGGUUUAUGAGAACGUUUAGAGUGAUGGGCUCUGGGUUUUUGACCUCGUAGCUCACAGGUGCCGAACAGCAAAAGUCAGCGUUUUUUUACUAUGAAAGAAUGAGAAGAAACACUGGGUUGCAUUAGGAUUAGGACACAGUUCUACUAAAAACACUUGCCUCAGAGUCUUAUCAGCUCUAUGAGUGGACAAACAACUCUCCAAGCAGCGUUUGUCAGAUACAUCCACAAGAGAUUGAAGUGUUUUUUGAAUGUGACAAAAUGUGACGUUUAAAAUGUAUGUGACCACAGCCACAGAAAACGUGUACGUAUUAGCAGUAAUACAUUAUUAGCAAAUGCUGCAUGUUCAUCUGUGAUGUACAGUAUACAUGUGCAGGGCAUCAAGUUUAUUUCGGAGAUGAUAUUUAUAGGUGGCAUUAGAUCUGCCUUGUCAGCAUUUCGUUACGCAGCAAAGUUGAGCUCAUGCUGUGAAACAACAGCACCGUUUUCAGUUCAGAGAUGUUUGCGUGCACUUUGUGUUUUUUUUUUUUUUGGCAUUACUUUUUAGUAGUUUUUGAGUAUUUUGUGUCUGUUUUUUAUCAGUCCUCUUACAGUGUUGUAGAAUUUAUUCUCGUGAACACAACUGGCUGACAGUAACCUCUUGAACUGCGGUCAAGUGUGUUAACAGGAGCAAGAAAAGCUGUUGAAUGAGUCCCAGGCAGUAACUGGGAGCUGACCUAUGGACUCUAGUAUAAAAACACACUGAAGAAAAGAACCACAAGGGCAGGCUUUGAAUUUUAGUCUACUGAUCACCAAGUAGGGCUCACUGUUUUUUUUGUUUUUGUUUCUUUUUUUUUCAGCAGCUUUCAAGCUUUACCUAAAGAAGAAAUAAGUUUGUGAUAGUUUUGACAGUCAAGCAGUAAAUAGUAGGAUUAGAAUAAAAUAAAAUCUGUUCCGUUAUUUCAUCGGUUUGCACAACAGAGAUCAGUUUCCUUUUACCAAACUGACGCUUUAGGAAUUUCUACAUUGGAUUCUUGGUUAAUGAUUAGUUAAAGUUUUCAAAUGAGUCCAAAUAGCCACUUGAAAAACGACAGCUUCUGCCACUUAGGAAUUCAUUAACUGCAUGAAGCGUAUGUGAAAACACAAUCCCAGAAGCGAUAUUUUAAAUGGAGUUGAAAUGAUUGAAAUAUAAAACAGGAGAUGAUGAUGUCAUCGAGGUGUGGUGUAAAUCAAAGUGUUGCAUUGUUUUCAUGUGUACAUAAAGUCAAAGGACUAAAUAUCUGAAGUAGCGUGAAGAAAAAUAAUAGAUGUGCAAGGGAGCGUGUGAAUGACUGAACGCGAGAAUAAAUGGGUGUUUACGAUGUGAGCUCUCUUUAGUGUUUCACACCAUGUCAGCUGAUGUUUGUUUGUUGUUGUUGUUGUUUUUUUAAAUAAAUGUGUAAACGAUGUCCAA